GUGACGGAUUUGGAGUAGGUUGGUACAAAUCAAAUCCUGAUGUGACAUCAACUCCAUGUAUAUUCACUUCAAUCACUCCUGCUUGGAAUAAUCAAAACUUGUCAAGACUUGCUGAAGAAAUUCAAAGUUCUUUGGUAUUUGCUCAUGUUAGAGCUUCUACAACUG